GCCCCGCAGACUCCGACAAUAGGCGAGGCUGGGGAGCCGCGCGGUCCGGGAACUUUCCCCGGGGUCGGCGGGAGGCUCGCCCGGGCCAUGGAGGAGGGAGCUGGCACCGCGUCCCCGCUCUGGAACUGGGACUACCUGGACCGCUGCUUCGCCCACCGCCGUGUCUGCAUCUCCUUCGGCCUGUGGAUCUGCUCUGCCUGCUGCUGGAUCGCCGCCCACGCGCUGACUCUCUACCUCCGAUGCACAAAAAAAUGUGGUCAGGACCAGUCGACACUGUGUGCUACCUUCUGCCUCCUGACCAGUCUGUGUGACACAGUGGGGGCGAUCCUAGCCAGACAGCUCACCAUCCAGGUGUUCACUGGAGCCUACCUAGCAGUUGUUGACUUUGUGAACUUUGUGUCCAUCCUCUUCCCAGUCUGUGGUUCCAAAUCCAAGUCAAAGUCUGGUCGGGGCAGCAGGGAGAGGAGAAGAAGGCAUCUGAGAGCCAGUGUGUUUGCCCUGGCUCUGCCGCUGUGCCUGGGUCCAGGCUGGGCAAUCUGGGCUGCUGUCCCCAAGGCUUCAGUCCCAGUCCGAGGGCCACAGAGGAAGCUUCUGGGAAGCCUGCUGCAGGAAAACCUGGAAGUCUUUGGCUACCUGCUGGGUGGCAUCGCUGCCAUUGGUUCCUGGGCAUCCCGGAUCCCUCCAUUCUCCAAAAUCUGUCGGGGGAAGCCAUUCUCCUACAUCCAUCUGUGGACUCGGUUCCUGUCAGCUCUGGCUGGCCUCCUCUACGCCUCAGCCAUUGUGGCCCAUGACCGACAGCCUGAGUACCUCCUCCAGGCCACACCCUGGUUCCUGAUUUCCCUGGGCAGAGCCUCGCUGGACCUUGCUAUCAUCUUUCUGUCCUGUGUGGUCAAGAGCAAGAUGAGACAAGCCUUCGGAUUUGCUGCCAAAGCCAGAGAGGGCCCCGACACGCAAGCCCUUUUGACGUGCACAGAGAAAGAAGACAGUCAGGAAGCCAGGACUGAAGACCAGAACUCAGAUUGGGUGCCUCUCACCAGCCUGUCGCACUGCAAGCCGCUGAGGACAAUGACAGCCGUCAGUCGCUACAUGGAGCUGACCGUUGAGCCUGUACAGCAGGCAGGCUGUAGUGCCACCAGGCUACCCGGUGAUGGACAGACGAGUACCGGAGAUGCCUCCCUACAGGAGCCCCCAUCAUACCCUCCCAUUCAGGUCAUCCAGGCCAGAGUGUCUUCCGGCAGCUCCUCUGAGGUCUCCUCCAUCAACUCCGACCUGGAGCAGAAGUAUUGGGAAGCCCUAAACUCGGAGCAGUGGGACCCCGAAGAUGUCAACCUGGAAAGGAACAAGAACAACGUGGAGAGCCUGAGAUCACAGAUGCACAAGGGCUCUUUGAGCCCGGUGGACUUGACCUCAGACAACUGACAUCACUAGGAGACAGUCUAUCAGCUCAGAACUCAAGCUCAAGCAUCUGCCAGUGACCAGAUGGGAACCAACCUACAGUGCCACCCACAGCAGAAAUGGAAGCUGCUGCAGAAGCUCCCCAAGGAGUGUGGGAUAUGGAACUGUCACUUAGCUUGGCUAGUCUACCCCAUGGCUCAGAAUGGAGCUAAGGCUGUGGGGCCUGUGGACAGAUCUGCACAUGGCAAGUUUCCUCUGGUGAUGAGAAAUUUAUACGUGAAUCCUGUUUGUAAAGAUAAGCUUUCUCCCAAAAGACAUGGGAUCUAUUCCCAUGAGAUUCGAGCAUAAAUAUUGUUCACUUAAUAAGAGGAUCAACUCACCAAGAGUGAGUUCCAAGAUUUGCAUCUCCACAUGAUGCAUUCUUCAAGAAUCAGCUAAGGCCAGAUGAAAGAGUGGGCCCACCAGCAAGGGACCUGGGCACACACACAGGAACUGGCCUCUGCUGUCCAGUCACUGACAUACCUGCCACACGUUACGUGGGGCUGCCUGUUCAACCGAAUAUUUGGAAGAUCACUGGCAGGGCAAGGGCAAGCGUUACCCGAUCUUGGUAACAGGAUUCCCUCCAGCUUAACAAAGUCUGUGCUGGGGCUGGGUUUGCACAUUAUGGGGCCUUCUGUGCGUUAGGGAUAACAGAAGCAUGCAAGGGAUAAGGGCACGGUGCGAAAGUGCAGUUUCAAGCGUGGCAAGGGUGUUUGAGGAUGAUUUUGAUACUGUGACCACGAGUGAGGGGAAGAAUAAAGGGAAUAGGGCAAGGCAGGAGCAAACACUUGAGUGAAUAAAUCUUGGUUGAAUGGAUUAAAAUAUCUCACAGUGGA